AUGGGCAACAUCGAUGACGAAUAUGAAAGGCUUGUAGAACAUUCUCACAACCGUACGAGGAAUACGAACAGUGUCAGAACCGCCAAGAGAUACCUGUUUCCGGAAAUCAUAGGGUUAGUACGUCAGUGUGUAGCUGCACGAAGUGCAGACAACCAUGAAUUUAGGCCCGAGUUCGCGAGGAGUUGUAGAGAAGCGAUAAAAGAAGAAUUCGAGGAGAGAAGACCAGCAGUAUUUGCUGAAGCAGCAGAGGAGGCUAAGGGCAUUCGCUACCCCCGUCGGAAUUUCGCCCAUCCUAAAACAAAGAUGACUUCUCUCUGGAACCCAGAUGGUACAACUACAGCAUCGAGAAGGAUGGAGACCAUUUACGACUUCUACCCUGAUCUCUUCGACAGCAUAGUCCACUUGCUUCUUCACCAUCUGAGGAAAGAUAGACAUGUCAUUCCAGAGUCCUCCUUCCGAUGUUGGACAUGCGAUCAUGAUCAUCAUGCGAAGAAUCGUACUUUAUCCUGUCUCCACAGAGUGAAGCUUAAACAUCUGAAGAAUCUUACCCCAGUUCUUAUCAACACAGUGGCAAGGCUCUUCACUUCUUAUCUGUCAGAACGCAGAAUUCCUAAGCCAUGGAAAAUCAGCAAUACCGUGCUGUUUUAUAACAGUGGUGAUCUAUAUGAUAUCGGUAACUAUCGCCUGAUCUGCUCACUGACGGCCGUGUUGGAGCUAUUCACAAGAGUAAUCCUAAACAGGAUAGAAAGAACAUUAGAUGAAGGGCAGCUAUGA